AUGGCGAGCACCGAACCGACCGUUUCCACCACCACCGAGCCCGUCGUCGAUGACGAGAACGAGGACGACCUUGAAGACAUCUUCGAUCCGUCAGAGGACGAUGAAGUGCCCGAACUCGUGUCUGGCCCUAACGCUCAGAAGAAGUCGAAACCUACAGCCAACACCAGCGCCUCCAUAGACGACCAAGUGGCGUCGCUAGCCAAGCAUGCAAGCCGAAUCCGUCUCGACGACAGAAUGGCCGGCACAGGCGGGGGUUCAGCAAGAGACAAGGACAAGGCCGAUCGGGCGACGAGCGAGCAGGUGCUAGACCCACGAACGCGCAUGAUACUCCUGCAACUCCUCAACCGCAACAUUGUGUCUGAGAUCAAUGGUGUCAUCUCAACAGGCAAAGAGGCGAAUGUUUAUCAUGCCGCUACCAUAUCUGAAGAUGAUGCGCAGCCGCUCCAUCGAGCUAUCAAGGUGUACAAGACGUCCAUAUUGGUUUUCAAGGACCGCGACAAGUACGUGACGGGCGAAUUCCGUUUUCGCACGGGCUACAACAAAAGCAACAAUCGGGCCAUGGUGAAGGUGUGGGCAGAGAAAGAGAUGCGAAACCUCAGGCGGAUAUACAACGCUGGUAUCCCGGCUCCCGAGCCUCUAUACUUGCGCCUACACGUUCUCGUCAUGAGCUUCCUGGGCGACAAGAAGGGCUGGCCUGCUCCACGGCUCCGAGAUGUUGUGUUCGAGGGUCUUACAAUCGAAGAGGAAGAGCAAAAGUGGAAUAGCUUAUAUAUCCAGCUCCUGGGCUACAUGCGAACUAUGUACCAGACUUGCCGCCUUGUCCACGCUGAUCUCAGCGAGUACAACCUACUUUACCACGAAAACAAGCUCUACAUGAUCGAUGUCUCCCAAUCCGUUGAGCACGACCACCCCCGCUCCCUGGAAUUCCUGCGCAUGGACGUAAAGAAUGUGUCAGAUUUCUUCCGGUCGCGUAACGUCGAUGUGCUCUCCGAGCGGAAGGUGUUCCUCUUCGUGACUGGCGAACAGGGUGGGAAGGAGUUGACUGACAUGGAGAAAUAUGUCCACAGUAUGUUUGAGCAGAAGGAUGGCCUGACCGCAGAGGAGAGGCAACAGGAAGACAACGUUGAUGAAGUUUUCCGCAACCAGUAUAUCCCCCAGACGCUUGACCAGGUGUACGAUAUCGAACGUGACGCCGAGCUCGUCAAUAGCGGGCAGGGUAAUGACCUGAUUUACCAGGGACUACUCGCUGGCAAAGCUGCUGAUGGGACGCCGAUGUCGCAAAACGAGUCUGAUGCUUCGCAAGAGGGUAGCGACGCAGAUGACACUACAUCCGAGGAUGAGGAGGGCACGUUCGAGGAACGCGAGAAGGGAACGCCGCGGGGGAAACGCAAUAUGGACAAAGAUGCGAAGCGCGAGCAUAAGAAAGCUGUGAAGGAGGAGAAGCGUGAGAAGCGCAAGGAGAAGAUCCCGAAGCAUUUGAAGAAGAAAUUGGUGUCGCAGUCGUCGCGGAAGAAGUGA